GACGCUUGACAGAUUAAAUUUACCCACUUUACCCUUACUAUUUUAUAGUAGAUGUAUUUGUAUUUGAUAUAUUUACAUUUUUGUUAAUUUUAGGUUCAUUAUCACACUAAUUUAAUAUUUGUUUUCAUUCCUACGAAAUUUCUAUGUAUUGAAUUGAAUGUAAGCAAAAGCUAAUUCGAAGAUUUUGUAAACAUUUUAGAGAAACAAUGGCUGAUGAUAUUGACAUUGAAGAACAUGAUGUAAUGGAUAAUCCUGUAAUAAGAAACAUUUUCCCGGAUUUGUCUAUAUUGAAAAAGGAAGUUUUGGACGAGUACGAUGAAACAUCAACAAUAGAACAAACCUUUAAUGAAGAAGAGAAAAGUCUGAACUGUAAUUCAGAAAAUUAUAUUAAUUUUACAUCUGUUCCAAAUGUACAUCGGGAAUCUUUUGACGGGGAUAUAAUGUUAAGAUUUGGAGAAAAAAGAAAAAUAAACGAUAAAGUACCUGUUGUGGGUGAAUCAAGCACUGUGGCACUUCAUAAAAAUAAGAUAAUAUUGGGAUCAAAGCCUAGUAGCAAACCCAUACAAAAGAAUUUAGAGUGUAAAAGUGAUCCCAAAUUAAAUACUGCAACAGUUGUUUUGAAAAAUCUUAGACCUUUUUUAGAUAAUUGUAAUAAGUACUGUGAAAUUUGUUUUAUUCUUUUUCCAAACAGUAAAAAUUUGGAUAAUCACAAGAAAUGUUUACAUUGUAGCUUAAGUACGGAAAAGAAACAUAUUGAUGUACCUAAAAUUGAUCUGGAAAAACAAUCUGAAAAUAUAUGUGUGAAUAAACCCAAAUGUAAUAUAUGUCAUAAAACUUUUGCAUCACAUUCAAGUCUAAGCAAACACAGAAGAAAUAUUCAUUUCAUUCGUGUUAAAAUACGAAAAGUUAAUAAAACGAGAAAUGUGGCAGUAAAAAUUGCUAGUGGUUAUAACAAAGAAAAAAUAUCCUUGACUUCCAAUAAUUCUUGUUUUCAUUGUAAUAGAUUAUUUCCAAAUAUGCAAUCCCUUAUUGAGCAUUUAUAUGACACGCUUGAAACAAAGAAGGACAAAAAACAUUCAAAAACCAAAAAGAACUUAGGCAUGCAUAAAUCUCAUGUAAAGGAUAGUUUUUCCAAUUCAAAACUUCAUCAACAGAAAUUUGAAGCUGAGAAGGCUAGUAGAAAGAAAAGCUCUAAUAAUAAAUUUAAUAGUUAUGUUUACAGAUGUCCAUUGUGUUCAUAUUAUUUUAAUAAUGUUAAAUUUAGUUUAACACAUUUACUAAAAAAACAUAAAUUUACGAAAAAGACUCCAUUGAAAAAAGUUUUAUAUGAUCCUAAAUGCAAAUUUUGUUCAUCUGAAUUUGGGAGUGUUUCGUCUUACAAUAGGCAUUUACAUAAAGUACAUAAAAAUCUACUGUCGUGUGUAUUCAAAACCAAAUCUUCAAAUAAACCUUCAGAAGCAAAUGGUGUAAACAAAAUAGAUGCAAUGAAAAAUAACAUAUCAUCUUCUAAAGAUGACCCAAUAUUGCAAGAAAUUCCUAACGUAAGCCAAACUUCCAUUAUGAGCGCAAACGAUUCUGCCUUAGGUGGAAUUUUAAAAUCUGCCUUGUUUAGGUGUAAUAGAUGUGAUAUUCAUUUUCUAAAAUCAGGAAUUGCGGUUGAUCAUUCCAGUCAUAUGGAAUUUUUGAUCAAUUGGAAAUGUACAGUGUGUAACAGGAUUUUCAAGAAAAAUGAUGAAUUAUUUCAUAGACAACAACAUUUGGUCACAAAUAAUUUUACUGUAUAUGGCUUAUGUGAGUCUACACAAUCUUUAAUUUUAUACAAAUGCCUAAAGUGCACUGUGCACUUUGAUGAAAAUAUGUUUAUUCAACAUUUUCCAAAUUGUGACACUGUUGCUCUUAAUCACAUACAGUGUAAAUUUUGUGAUAUUUUAAUUGACUGUAAUCUUAAAAGUGUACAUGAAAAUGAACAUAGAACCAAAGCUAUAAAUUAUAAGGAUUUUACUGUUGUUCGAACAGAAGUCAUACAAAGUAAUACAAUUGAUGAAAAUCUAUAUAAUAAGAAAAAAAGGGAAUUAAAAUCAAGAGUGACAGUGGAUUCUAAUUCUUAUGAAUCACAUUUAAAAAAUAAUAAUUUGACCUGCCUUUUUACGGUAUACUACUGUAAUACUUGUAAAUGUUUUGUCAAUGAUACUACAAAACUAAUACAUAAAAAAUCACAUUGCACUCAUGUUGCACCAGCAACUUGUAAACUUUGUGGACUUAUAAUAACACAGACAAGUAUUUCUUCACAUGGAAGGCUACAUCAAAGAAAAAAGAAUUUAACUUUACAGGAUUUUAAGUUUUAUGACCUGAAGAGUAGAAAGCGUAUAGCUCCUCCGAUACCCGAAUUUCCACAUUGCAGUAUUUGUGGAAUAUAUUUUGCUAAUCAAAUAGCGAAAAUAAGACAUGAAUGUGGUGUUGAUGAUUAUGUUACAUGCUCUGAUUGUGAGAUGAACUUUUCUGAGUUAGGUUACAAAUUGCACAUGAAUUAUCAUAAUUACAGAUUACAAUAUAAUAAUAUUAAUUCAAAACAUCUAUCACAAUCCAAGAGUGGGUCUAAAACUGAAGCUAAAAAUAUUGGUGAGAUAAAAUCAAAUUUAACUUCAAAAAUGCCGGGUUCCGAUCUAGAAGAAAGUGAGAGGUUUAUUAUUUAUACUUGUAAAAACUGCCAUAUUUGUGUAGAUGCCUACGAUUUGGUAGUAGAACAUUGUCAAAGGCACUACAAUCCUUUAAGAAUACAGUCGCCUACGAAAAUAUGUAAAAUCUGUGAUCUAAUAUUUGAUGUUGGAUGUUAUGAAGACCACGAAAAGCUGCAUCUAUGUAACUUUAACAAAAAAGAUUUUAAAAUUAUUAAAUUUGACAUAUUUAAUUUUACUACCGAUUAUGAUGCGUGGAUAAAAAGAGUAUUUGAUUCUUUACCCCAGGCACAGAUGCAAAAAAUUAUUAACAAGUCAAUAUACAAAUAUGAGAAUAAAAUAAAAAUGAAAGUUAUUCAAGAAGCUUCUCCGGAAUUAACGGUUUAUAAGUGUGAUAAGUGCCAUUGUUUCAUUGAUCCAUACUCUUUGUACAAACAUCUCGGAAAUAAUUGCUUAUCUCUACGAAAACAUACUUGUAGAAUUUGUGGGAUACCUUUUAUUUCAGCUACAUCUAAAGUGCAACAUGAAGCUAUACAUAAACGACCAUUCAAGGGGUUAAAAUCUUAUAGAAUAGUACUCUUUAACAGAGACGAGGACAAAAUAUUUAAUGAUGCUCUUCGUUCAGGAAAUUGGUUUACUAUAUACACAUGUAGAAACUGUGAAGGUGUUGUGGGCCAAACUGAAUAUAAACAUCACGUAUGUAAUAAAAACGACUUAAGAAAAUGCUCUUACUGCGGAUUACUACUAUAUAGUAAAGAUUAUAAUGCGCACAUUUCUAAACAUAAAGAAUUCGAAAGCUUUAACUCAAAGAAUAUAAAAGUAAUUUUGAUUGGCAAGAAAAUUGAAAACGAAGACUACAAAAACAUAAAAGAUGAUAAUUUAGUGUCAUCGUUUAAUGGAAAAGUGUAUGAUUAUUCACUUUUUAAAUGCACAAAGUGCCAAAUAUGCACGAGGAACGCCCGGGAUACUCUAAAGCAUGAUUGUUCUUUUGAAAUUCCUAAAUCAAAAUGUUCUUACUGUGGGUUUUAUUUCGAAGCUAGAAAAUUAAAGCAUCAUUAUAUAUUACACGAAACAGAUUGUAAUUUUAUACCUGACAAUAUAACAAUAAACGAUUUUGAUAAUACUAAAUCUCAGAAAGAAACUUUUGAUUUGGCAAAAACAUCUAAAUUAAGUAAGACUGAUAAAGACAAAAUAACUGAUAAUCUAAGUAAACCAGUUAAGGUUUUACCUUCUACACCCAGUAAUUUACACAUCAAAAAUAAAUUUACAGACUCAUCAAUAAUAGAAAAAACGGAAAAAUUGUACAAAUGCUCCUGUGGUCUUCAUUUCCUAGAUAAUUCUGUUACGGCACAUCUUAAUGUAUGUGGUGCAAAAAAUAGAAUUUCACGACAACAAUGCUCAAAAUGUGGUCUUACAUUUAGUCCUAAUGUAUUGUUUACUCAUAUGCUUGCGCAUCACGGAAAUAAGGCUGUUGUCUAUAAGUUUGAUAUAAUUGAGGUAUCGAAAGACGAAGAUACACCGUAAGUAGUAAGAGUAUAGAAGUAUUUCUAAAGGACAUACUAUUUGAGUAGAUAUUUACUUCAAGCAUACAUCUAUACAUUUCCAUUCAGAACUAUUUUAGUUCACAAUUAUUUAUACCCUGUACAACAACGUGAUGGGAAACAGAAAAUAUCUAGUAUUGCAAAAAUAACGUUUUUAUAUAGGUACUUUUAAAUAACUGUGAUGAGAUGGUGUGACUGUAUGUAUGUUUUAAACUAUUCAAAAUAAAUUAAUUCAUUCACAAUAAACUUUAUUGCACUAUACAUAUAAAAACAUUGGGUAGGUGAGCGACGAUGGGUUAUAUUAUUCAUAUAAUAUUGAGUUAAAAUCAAGGUUGAAAAAUAAAAUAAAAUUUUCUCUUUCAAACAAAAUUUCUAACCGGGAAGAGAAGCACAACCAAGAUUUUCAUCGUCGGAGUCGUCAUCCGUAAAAUGAUUUUAAUUAAGGCUUCUUUGUAACCGAUAUUUGUAACAGUUACUGCCUGUUAUUUGUGUCCCAUCCGACCGACCGAUGUAACAUUGCACGAGCAUCCAUUGUUUUCAGUUUUUCUAUUUAAAUCUUUCUUUGAAGCAAUAAAACUCUAAGAUUUUCGGAAAAUGCUUGAAUCUAUAAUACUUUUGUGAUGUAUCAAUUUUUAAAAUUUUUAUAAAUUUUCAAAAUUAUUAAAAUAAGAAAAUAUUAUGUUCGUCAUUGCAAAGUUAUGUCGAUCGCAAAUUUGUCAAAAAUCUGUCAAAAAGAUCAAGCUAUGUUGUACAGAGUAUAGUAGUAAGUAGUAGAUAGCUAGUACUUUCAGGACAAUUUCUAUUUUGUAAAUGUUAAGUGUUUAGCAAUAAGUAAUAUCAAAAAUUAAAUAAAGUAUUUUUUUC